AUGAUUCUGAUUUUGCUUCUUAUCAGUCUUCUAUCACCAGCUUUAGGUGCAGCAGCCAUUACAGUUCCACCUCUAACCUUCCCUGGCUGCCAAGAAAAAUGUGGAAAUGUAAGCGUUCCCUACCCAUUUGGAAUUGGAGAAGGUUGCUUCAUGGGGGGUUCUAAUGAUAGUUUUUAUCGUAUAACAUGCGAGGCCAGGAACGGCAGCAGCAGCCUUAGAGCUUACAUAGGGGGGGACACUGAAGUCCUCCAGAUAUCAUUAGAAGUCCCAGAGAUAAGCGUUAGCAGCUAUUAUGCUUUUCAGUGUUACAAUUCUACUGGAAAAGCAAUUGGGCAAACCUACUGGAUGACUUUGAGAGGUACGCCUUUCACCUUCUCAGCCACCCGAAACAAGUUUAUAAGUAUCGGAUGCGACACACUUGCAAACAUAGCUGAUUAUGUGGAUAAUUACUUCACACUUGGGUGCAUGUCCGUGUGCAGAGACAUGAAGAGUGUGAAGAAUGGUUCUUGCACUGGUAUCGGUUGUUGCCAGACUUCAAUUCCUUUAAAUCUCAAACGUUUCAGUGUGAUUCUUGGGAGUUUAUAUAACCAUACAAGGAUUUGGCGGUCCAAUCCUUGCAGCUAUGCUUUCUUGGCUGAUCAAGACUGGUUCGACUUCAAAUUCUCAGAUCUCUCGGCUGAUAACUUUGCCAAUUCGACUAUUCCGGUGGUGUUGGAUUGGGCUAUUGGGAAUCAAACAUGUGAAGUAGCAGUUCGAGAUUCACAUUCGUAUGCUUGUGGUCAAAAUAGCUAUUGCUCUAAUGCCACAAAUGGCCCUGGCUAUCAAUGUUUCUGCAAAAAUGGUUUCAAAGGCAACCCUUAUCUUCCUCGAGGAUGCCAAGGUACCGGUCUAGGUACUAUAUUUCUACUUGUCUGCAUAUUUUUUUCAUAUUGGACAUUCAAGAGAAGAAGGCUUAUCAAACUCAGACAAAAAUUUUUCCAACAAAAUGGAGGCUUGUUAUUGCAGCAACAAAUAGCUUUGCAUAAAGGUGUUGAAGAAAUUGCCAAGAUUUUUACCAUAGAAGAGCUAGAAAAGGCAACAAACAACUUCCAUGAGAUUCAAAUACUUGGCCAAGGAGGGCAAGGUACGGUUUUCAGAGGAAACUUAUUUGGAGGCAAAGUCGUGGCAGUUAAGAAAUCCAAAAAAAUGGACAAAGGGCAAAUUAUAGAGUUCAUAAAUGAGGUGAAUAUCCUUUCUCAAAUUUAUCAUAGAAAUGUGGUAAAGCUCUUGGGAUGUUGUUUAGAGACAGAGGUUCCAUUGUUAGUUUACGAGUUCAUCUCCAAUGGAACCCUCUUCCAACAUAUCCAUAACAGGAAUCAUGCAGCUUUUAUUUCAUGGGGAAACCGUUUAAGAAUUGCUGCUGAAACAGCUGGUGCAUUAGCAUAUUUGCACUCUGCUCAUUCAGUACCAAUCCUUCAUAGGGAUGUCAAGUCUUCUAAUAUACUAUUAGAUGAUAAUCACACGGCCAAAGUAUCUGAUUUUGGGGCUUCAAGAUUUGUUCCUUUAGAUCAAACUCAAAUGACAACACUAAUUCAAGGGACCUUAGGCUACUUAGACCCAGAAUGCUUCCAUAAAGGUCAAUUGACUGAUAAAAGUGAUGUUUAUAGCUUUGGUGUUGUUCUUGCGGAGCUCUUAACUGGGCAAAAACCACUUUCACCUGAAGGAUUUGGGGAACAUAAAAGCUUAGCGAUGCAUUUUGUUUCUUCAAUGGAAAAGAAGAAAUUUCUUCAUAUUGUUGAUGCCAGAGUGCUAAAUGAGAGAAAUAGAGAGCAAAUUUUGGUAGUUGCUGAGCUUGCAAGAAAAUGCUUAAAUGUUAAAGGAGAAGAUAGGCCAACGAUGAAAGAAGUUGCAAUAGAGCUUGAAUCUUUGAAAAUGUUCUAUGAACACACAUGGUCACAGCAUGAAUAUGAGGAAACUGAACACUUAUUGGAUGAACCAUUAAUAAGUUCUACAAGCAUUGCGACUGCUCAAGAGACUCCAGGGGAUAGUUCUACUAUCUAUGCAAGUUGUCAAGGAAGGUUGGAGGAUAGUGUCAUGCUAUCAUUACAGAAUGGUCGUUGA